GGGCUGGUGCGGGAAGAAGAAGCAGAACGCUGCAGCAGCUUCUAUUUUCGUGAUAGUUUUCCCCAAUUAGUGCUGAAAUUAAUAACCAUAAAUGCCAUUUUACCCCAAACAAGUGCGAAAUGACGAGCCUUGCCUGACCUGCUUACAUAACAAUGCACUAGUCGCGCAAUAAGCACGCCACACAUCGAUCACCUGGGAUUAGCGAGACUUUGAUUUGGACUUCAUGGCGACUGUGGCGGAGGGCAGCAAAAUGCUCGAGGCAGCCCUACAGCAAAUGGACGGCCUGAUAUCGAGCACCGCGACGCAGGCGGGAUCGGUAUCUAUAUCCGGAGCAGGGUCUUCCCUGACGUUUAGCGAGCGAAACUUAAUUUCGGCCACCAAUGUUUUGUCAACAGCUAAGACUUUGGCUCUGGCCCUGCAACAGGUUGGACUGGCUGCUCCAGCCCCGGAUCCUGUCACGGCGGCAAUUAUCAGCGACUGGCUGGAGACGCACAUUCCCCGUCAGGAUUCCGACGAGCGGAUGCGUCGCCUGCAGCGGGAUAAGGAGGGCUUAGCCCUGCAGUAUCAGAUGCUGGCGGAACGGGUGUCCGAGCAGGCGGACAAGAUCAUCGAGCUGGAGGGCCUUAUAACGGAAAAGAGCCAGCAAUUGUGCACCAAGGAAGAGCAGUUGCAGCGACAGAUGAUUUCUCGCUCCGCCCUCGAGACGCAGAAGCUGGAGCUAAUGAGUGCCUUAAGUGAACUAAAGCUGCACCGCACAGCCUUAGAGCAGGCCAACGAUGGAAGUAGCGCUAUAUCCGCCAGUAUCCCCUACGGCAGCUUGAGCAAUAUAAACCAGAAGGCCUUCAUGGGAUCCCCCAAGACGCCGCCCUCUGCACUGCGCCAUCAGAUCAAGCCGCAGUUCCACAGCCUGCCACGAUCGCAUGGCAAGUUGCUGAACAACAAUAACAAUCGUGCCUUAGACGUCAAUGCCAACAGCAGCGGCAAGCAGCGAAACGUGGCCUUCGCCUCGAACGAACAUAUUUUAAUUGAUGACAGUCAUCAUCAAGCGGAGGAUGCUAUGACAUCCAGCUUCAUGUCGCAGUUCACACCCUCACCAAAGCUGAGGGAAAGAUCUGCCCGCGGCUUGCGCAACAUACUUGGCAAGCUGCGACGCAGCAAUAGCAGCAACUGCGAGCUGACCGCCUUGGAGCAAGCAGAGCCGGAGUUCCGACGAGGCGGAGCACGAGCUACCGCUGGCGGUCGAAUUGAGUGGAGUGCCCAGACGCCAUUGUUCGGUGAGAAUGAAAAGCAUUGGACCACGUGGGGAGCGCAGGAGGUGUGCAAUUGGUUGGCAUACAUGGGUCUAAGCUGCUAUGAGGACAAUUGCAGAAAGUGGCUGAAGGCCAAUCCAUCUGUGUCGUUCUUCACCGCCUCGCCUGUCGACAUCGAACGAGAGCUAAACCUUAAGAUGCCACUUCACCGGAAGAAAAUCUUGUUGGCCAUCGAUGACCUUACUGGGAAGGAAUUUGAUGACCUAACACUAAAGGCAUCUUGCUUGGAUGUGGCAUGGGUUCUGCGCUGGCUGGAUGACAUUGGCUUGCCCCAGUAUAAGGAUUACUUUAUGCAGGCCAAGAUCGACGGUCGAAUGCUACACCGCCUCACGCUCGAGGACCUGUCCCAAUUGCACGUCAGCUCUUGUUUGCACAUAGCCUCUUUGCGAGCGGGAAUCUUAUGCAUGCGUCGUUUGUCGUGGAAUGCGGAAGGUCUCAUACGACGCUCCAUUAAGGUGGUCAGUGAUGAUGAGGCCGCAGCUAUUCCUGACAGGGACAAUGUAGAGCUGUGGACAGCGCAUCGCAUAAUGGGAUGGCUGCAGACUAUCGACCUGUCUGAGUACACGCCCAAUCUGCGUGGUGCUGGUGUCCAUGGGGCUCUGAUGCUUUAUGAGCCGCGCUUCAAUGCGGACUUACUUGCCGACCUGCUGUCGAUACCACCCAGCAAGUCCCUGCUGCGUCGUCACCUGGCCAUGCACUUUAAGGAGCUAGUCGGUCGGCCAGUGAUCUUGAGCAAGCGAGAUGCCGAAUCGGCACCCGGGUACCAACCGCUUAACAUUACAGCCAAGCUGAAGCCGGUGAAACGCACUCAGUUUUCGUUAAAGCGUCGCAAGAGUUCCAAGGGCCAGAGUGACGUGGACUGGACGGAGUACGUGUGUCCCAUGAAUGCCAGGGUGCCGGAGACGUAUCUUGCUGAUGCGCCUAAGGAGCAUGAGAGCUCAAUGAGUUCGAACUAAUGACGAAGUCGAAAGGCGCACAAAUCGAUUGAAAGCAAAUAAUAUGUUUUUUAGUUGUAAGCCCAAGUCUGGCCAAGGAUCCCAAACUGAAUGAACUGCCACCUGAACCAAUUAUGCAACCAAAUCCACAAAUUGACAAUAUUAGUGAGAAUUUAUCUGAACACGGGCACGCCCAAUCUUCCAAACAUCUUUCGAAUGAAUUUGAGUCAAAAUUCUUUCGUCGACCUAAGCAUACCAGCAAACAUUUUGGAACUUUUUAUAUUAUCUGUAACUAACAUUUAGGCUAAUCUGGAAACGAGAUGCAAUCACAUCUUCUAAAUAAGCAUAUAACGCAUAACGAUGAUAACGAUAAGUAUUCGCAAUGGCAUUGAAACGACCUUGAGAGCGAGCAUAACCCCUAUAGACUUAUCGCCCAUUUUGGAGUUUAUCUUUUGUACUAACCCGUAACUGUAUUGACGGAUAUUUUGUAAAAUACAUACUACGAUGCCUUUUACAACCAAA